GUGAGAAUGGCUGCAUGUUGCCCACUUUAUUUGUCUCUCUCUUUCCCUUCCAACCUCAUCCCAUUAAUCCAUUUUCUCUGCAGUACUCAAUUGAUCCCUUUGUUUUUCUAUUCGUUUUGAGAGCUUUGUGUGUAUGGCCGGCAUAGACUUGGGUUCAGCAUCGCAUUUUGUUCAUCAUCGCCUUCAACGCCCUGACCUUGAAGACGAUGACAACCAACACGACCAAGACAACGACAACGUUAACAAUCACGAAGGACUUGAGCUAGUUACCACAAAUCAAGGUCCCGGUGAUAUUGUCGCUCGCAGGCCAAGAGGGAGACCUCCCGGUUCAAAGAACAAGCCUAAGCCACCAGUUAUCAUCACAAGAGAGAGUGCAAACACGCUUAGGGCUCACAUCCUUGAAGUCAGCAGUGGCUGUGAUGUUUUUGACUCCGUCGCUACCUACGCAAGGAAGCGCCAAAGAGGGAUCUGUGUCCUCAGUGGGAGUGGCACCGUCACCAAUGUCACGCUCCGGCAGCCGGCCGCAGCCGGCGCCGUUGUUACGCUUCACGGAAGGUUUGAGAUCCUGUCUUUGUCGGGAUCAUUCCUUCCACCUCCUGCUCCACCCGGUGCCACCAGUUUGACUGUGUUUCUUGGUGGAGGACAGGGCCAGGUUGUGGGUGGAAACGUUGUCGGUCCCUUGGUGGCUUCUGGGCCUGUUAUUGUUAUUGCUUCAUCUUUUACUAAUGUAGCAUACGAGAGGUUGCCUUUGGAUGAAGAAGAAUCUAUGCAGAUGCAACAGGGACAAUCAUCUGGUGGUGGUGGCGGUGGUGGUGGUAGCGGCGGUGGAGUCAGUAAUAACUCUUUUCCUGACCCUUCUUCAGGGCUUCCAUUCUUCAAUUUGCCCUUAAACAUGCCUCAGUUACCUGUUGAUGGUUGGGCUGGGAAUUCUGGUGGAAGGCAAUCUUACUGAUCCACCUUCUUUGGGGGCACAAAGGUGAGAAGUUGAAUUCAUAUCAUAUCAUACAUAUAUUUUGCUUCCCUCUCUAAAUUUCCUUCUUUCCUUUGAAUUGUUUGUGAGGAAGUACUGAUAUUUAUCUGUUCAAGACUCCUUUUGUUUGGCUAGGUAUGUUGUAAGGACUCAGUUUCUAGGAACAACUGUAAAACGUGUUUAUCUUGGUUGUUGGAGUUGCUAGAUUAGUCCGUUGAGCAUUAACCUUGAGAUCAAUAAAUCAUAGGCUCAAAUCAAUAACACAAAUAUAUAUAUAUAUGUUUUGGAUUA